CAGUUUUGUCUUUUUCUAAAAUGGUGACAUCAGCUUGAGCACGGAACAAGCAUGUGCAAUGGGAUUUGAGAGAUUAUGGCAUCUGAAGCCCACAAUGUUAGAAAACAGAAAGUAUUGCAUAUCGAGGGUCAUUCCAUUGAUCUCCCCAGAAAACGAAUCUCUUCUUUCACUAAAAAGAUCAUGAAGGAGGGUAAGAAAUCUCCAAAACAGUUGGCUUUGUAUACAAACAGAAUAACAGUUGGAAAAACAGUGACCAGCCCCCCCUCUCUUUUCAAAGUAGUAUAUUGUAAAAGAAAAAUACACUGUUAUACUCCAAAGCCUUCUUAUAGAAAGAAACAGUUCCCUAAAGUCAGGGGCUGUGACAUGGCAAAUAAAGAAAAUGAACUGGCUUGCGCAGGGAAUCUGCCAGCAAAGCUACAUAACGACAGUCGUUCACACUUGCUAAAUUCUAGUGACUCUGGCUCAUCCCAAACAGAAGGCCCCUCAUCCAAAUAUAGUGGAUUUUUUUCAGAGGUUUCUCAGGACCAUGAAACUAUGGCUCAAGUCCUCUUCAGUAGGAAUCUGAGGCUGAAUGUAGCUUUAACCUUUUGGAGAAGGAGAAGUAUAAGCGAACUGGUAGCCUACUUAGUGAGGAUACAGGAUCUUGGAGUAGUAGUAGACUGCCUUCCUGUGCUAACAAACAGUUUACAGGAAGAAAAACCAUAUAUCUCAGUUGGCUGCUGUGUAGAUCUUUUGCCUUUAGUGAAGUCACUGCUUAAAAGCAAAUAUGAAGAAUAUGUGAUAGUUGGUUUAAACUGGCUCCAGGCUGUCAUUAAAAGAUGGUGGUCAGAACUAUCUGCACAUGCAGAAAAGACAGAGGAUGGAAAUAUUCCUAUUUUAAAGCAACAAUUAAGUGGAUUAUGGGAACAGGAGAAUCAUCUUAUUCUGGUUCCAGGAUAUACUGGUAAUAUAGCUAAGGAUGUAAAUGCUUAUUUAUUACAACUACACUGACACGAUUGAGAAAUGUAUGCUUAUGUGGUGAAAUAAUUCUCUAAAAUAUCCCUGAAAUACGUACUAUUUCUGAAAGCCUUUUGAGAAAUGUUGGCGGAAGAGAACUGAACUGUCAAGCUGUUUAAUGAAACCACUAACAAAAUCCUAACAAUCUACUUCACAUUGAAGUGGAAAAAAUGUCUAGUAGGAGCAACUUUCACUUCAGUGAGGUGAAAGUGCACUAUGAAAACUGUAUGCCUUUGCUGCAUUUGGGAUUUGUUCAGUUACUAGGUAAAGUCAUUUAAAUGCUACAGUGUUUUACUGCAACAUUGUAUAAAAGAAGACUAAUUGUGCUGUGGUGAAGACAAGAUGACAGAAGCAGUUACAAGGAACCAGCAAGACCAAUCAGCGUUACAAGCUUUUAAAUCUUUCUUUCAUAAGAGAACUCAAAGAUGCACAACUAUUUUUCAAUUAUGUUAAAAAAGUUGGAAAUAUUCAAUUACUAUUAUGUUUUAAUCAAAACUAUUAAAGACAGUUUUUGUUUGCACUAUUGAGAAACUAUACAGCAAAGAUGCCUUAAUUACUAGUGUUUCAAAAAGCCGAUGUAUUAAGAUGCAAGUAGCUAUAAUGUUCACAGAUUAAGAAGUGAUAAACUGCUACAAAAUCAGGGUUUCACUUUGUAUGGAGUUGUUUAUGAAACGUUGCGCACUUACAAAAAAUCAUGUAUGAGAACUAGUAUAAAAAAUACCUGAACUUAAGCUUCGAUAAACAGUUAUUGCAAAUGUCAGCAGAAUGGUGAGUUUGUCUAAAAAAAGGUUUUUAUAUGUAUGUGGAUUUCUAACACAGUAAUCUUCAGUUCUGUAUCAUUUAAACUACAUACAAAUAAGUAAAUAUAUUAAAUGUAUCUACUGUUUUUUCUUAAGUUCAUAAAAACAAUUUAUAGAACAAUCCCUUCCAUACUACUUUUUAUCAUAGCUAUUUAUAUCUGUUUAUGAAAUGUUUACAGCCAGAUGAGGCCAUUUUGUUCAGUCUCACUCUUUAUAUACUACCUCCUUUAAGAAAUUAACAAACAGUUUUUGCAAAAUUAGUCAUUUUGUCCUGAUUAAUGAUGGAAAAUUCACACUACCUUAAAUCUAAAUGAAACACAACAAAAGCAUUGGAAAUACAGCUGUAAACUUCUUUGUCAUAAGCUAUUUUAAUUUAAAAGCUGUAGCUUAAUAACUGUGAGGGAGUUUAGAGUUUAUAGGUUUGCUAUUGUCCUUUCUAUUUUGUGAUUAGAAAGAAUGCUUUUUCCAGUUAAAAUCUAGGAAGUACCAGCUGCUCACUCAAAACAUAAAUAUGCAUGCACAGCAUGUAUCACCAAAUAACCUACUUCCUAAAAGAAUUAAGUACUUAUAAGGGUUAUUUUCAUGCCUCAUGCUGAGCGUAUGCACUUUUUUGUGGUGCUAGACAGGAGAAAGGUCUCUUGAUCUCAAGCUUUUGCUUGCAACAGAUGAAACUAAUGAAUUUUAAAAUCAUGUAGUGGUCAGCAGCUUUAGGCCUCCUGUUGCUUUGGUUUUGAAUUUAUUUUGCAUAUCAUUAUUAAUCACUUCUGAAGGCUAACUAGAAAUCUGUCAUCAGAACUUGGAGCUUUUGAUUAUGUGAAUAUUCCUUAAACCACCAAAGGUUUUGCACUUCCCAGGGCAAUCAGCUGAAGGAAAAAGCUUUUGGGACAUCCCAAAUCUGACAAUUUUGUGGGACAAUCUUUUGAGAUAUGAAGAUAGCCCAAUUCUCUUAUCUUUGCAAGUGUGUUAUAUACCAGUAAAGGUAUUUCACACUGUAAAGAGUUUGAGAUAGAACUUUCUGCUUUACAAUGUCAUUGCUGUGAUUUAAAGGAACUAUGGUAUAAAGAUGUUCUUAUAUUACUUUACUAUUCUGUGAUGCAUUUAAAUAUAAAAGAAAUGUAAAGGUUAGCGUCACAAUUUGGCUAGCAAUUGCUGGAGCCCUUAGAUUACCCUCAAGGAAUAUACUGCACAGGUGAUGGAAACUCAUAGAUCUUUGCUUUGUCUAUUAAAACUAAGGAAAAAUUAACAAAUUCAUGGCCACAUAUUUGGAUAAUACAAGAAAGUAAUCAUUGUAACUGAUUAAAAUGAAAUGUUCCAGAACCCAGCUUAACUAUAGAAAAACUCAUAGGCUUAUAAUGGAUUCUGCAUAUGGCCAUGGAUUUAUCUCCAAAUUAUAACUGAGGAUGGCACUUUUGUACUAGAAGCAAGGUAAGGAUGACUUGAGGAUCUAUUAAUAAACAUCUAAUAAAAUCAUGCAUUUUUUUUACUGCCAAAAGUUGUAUUUCAACAGCACCAAUAAGAAUACAUUAUGAAAAAUAUUGUCAUUUGUGUCUGUGCCUUAUUUUAAAUGACUUUUUUUACUGUUUUAAGGCAGCUACUAGACUAUAAGAACAGGAUUCUGACAUUGAUAUGAACAGAAUUUUGAACACUCCAUGUUAUCAAAUGAUUUUUUUUUGUGAUUUUAAAGAAUUUAAACUGUUCAAUUUGAAAUUCAGGCUCAACUCAUGUGCUGCUUCUCAUAACAGGCUAGGAAUCAAUUUUGCCAUAAUUGAAUGUAUUAUGUAUGAUGUCUGCUCAAAGGUGAUACAAGUAAAAGAAGAAAAUCUUAAUAGUUGUAUAACUCUGAAUUCCAUGUAUUCGUCUCACUGAAUCUAAGAAUCAUUUUAAGAGCUUAAAACAAUUUGUAUGUAAAUGCUCAUCUUUGUUACUGUCUGCAGUGAUCACUUCUGAAAAAUCCUGUUCCUAGGAUGUACCAAAAUAUUGGGGUAGAAUUUUCCCAUUUGUCCUCGUUGCCAGCAAAGUAGGUAACUGUGAAGCACUUCAAUGUUCAUGAAGGGUUCUUGGGAAGAAGGUGUUCCUUACCUCUUGAUAUGUUAGACCUUCUUCACACCCUUCUUUCAUAUACAAAUUACUAAUGAGAAAAUUAAAUAUGUUCUUGUCAUGCAUAACCAUAUUCGUACUUGAGAAUGGACACCUAUACAGAGCUGUUCCUCAUGCUACAUUACUUGAUACAAAGUUCCUGUCUUUGAAAAACAGUUAUCAAGUCUUAGAAUGUCUUUCACUCCAGUGUUCUCUGAGAAUGCUUGAGGUUAUUUUGUUAGACUUAUUUGAAGUGCAAACUAGGCUUUGCCCAUCCCCUAAACUGAAGUUAAAGAAGCCCUCUGGCAAGUUGCCUCUUUCUGUAGCUCUAAAAGAACAAAUAAGCUGUUAAUGUAAGAAGCUGUUAAUGUAAGAAUAAUGUAAGAAUGUUGUUUAGGUAUUGGUGAUACCUGUUGAAGAGUGGAGACUUAAAAGGCUAUACCAUUAAUUAGCUGGGUACAAAGAAGCUAGCAUGCCCUAAUGAUUACGUAUAACUCUGUUUAGGAGUUAGGCCUCUUUCUUAGUAAAGACUACUCUAGCUGCACUCGUUAGUGGAGUUGUAUAUCACAGGCAGGUAUUACAGUUCCAGGCUCCUUAAUAGAUUUUUACAAAUUGUUACUGAUAGUUUUUUUUUUUUUAAAAAAAGCUCUUACAGGGCUGAUGCUAAUUUUAUCUUCAGGAGGGAGUCACAAUUAAAUUGAUCUUUCCCUUCAUGUAGGCUGCUUUACUGUUUUUUAGAGACUGCAGUAUUACCAGUUAGGGAGCAGGAACAAUGGGAGGACAAGAAAAAUAUUUGUGCCCUAAAAUUUAGUGACAUCAGUCCCAUUGCUUUAUCUCAGUAUCCUAAAGUAACCUGUAUUUUUUUUUCUGGUAAUCUGAAGUGGGCGAGUUUGGAGUUACAGGUCUUGAAGACUGAUGAGUUUUGAAGACUGAUGCUACAAUGUUGGGUAGUGGGGGGGUUUUCUGGAGGGGUGGAUGUUCUGUAUGCGGUAAACAAACUUCUGAAUUUCAUUUCAAAGGGAAAGCAACUGAGAGCUAAUUCAUCUUCUCAGAUCUUCCAUUAUAAUAGAAAACUGGAUGUCUGUCUUACUGUGGAGAUUUGCAGCUAUAUUUUGUGCUCAGUUUUCUGGUACAAAGGGAAAUAAUGACUGUUUUGGAAAAAAAAAAAAAAA